AUGUCUGUUCAAAAUCUGUACGGCGCUGGUUUGUCGCUGGGUAUCGGGCUGUUACCAAUCUACUUCUUGGUCUUCGCCGGGUUUUCUUUUCACAACAAGAACCGCUCGAUACAGCCGGGAUCGCAAGCCGAGCCGCUACCGGUAGCCGCGAAAUAUGGCCUGACAGUCUUUCCCAUUACGUUCGCGGCGAUCGUUGGGCCGCUGAUGACGACUAUCGCCGCCUGGAGGCUGGAACGCACGAUCUCACUCGGCUUCCUUGAGUACCUUCUGGCCAGUCGCUCCCUUGGCUCUGCCUUCGUAUCGCUCAUCAAGCUGCGUUAUUGUAGCUUUUACAUCCUACCGAUUCUGAUCGCUUGGUACCUCUCACCCCUCGCCGGCCAGUCUUCUCUGCGUGUUGUCACCUCGACGCCACAAAUAACGAACACACAGCAGCAGAUCUCAUAUCUGAACGUCUGCCGAUCUUCACGCCUAUGUCGAUACAGAUGCAGCAUUCAUAGCUGGGUUGAUGUCACCGCUAAGAUCAAGGGCGGAAUCUCAAGACGGGUACGGGAAUCUACACAUUCCGGCGAUACAGUCACUCCAUCGAAUCCUGAUAUCCGCUGGCUGAGUGAACAGGAGAACUCCUAUGAGCCAGCAUUCGCCAACGCAACUGUCGAGAAGACGCAGAUCGUCCUUGAGGUUCACCCAUUCUGGGCAGCAGUCCUCGUCUUGACUUCCUUGCUACUGAUCGCAGCUGGCCUCGCAACUGCAUUCUUGGAACUCAAUAGAAAAGCCCCCAUGGUCCUGGGUAGUUUCGCCAGCUCACUAAGGCACAAUCCGAACGCGGACCUAGAUCGUGGCGAGUGCACGGAAGACGGCACUGAUAUGGCAAGGAGACUGCGUCACUUGCAGGUCAGGGUUGGAAAUGUCAGACCGGAUCAUGUUAUUGGCCACGUUGCUCCUGCUCGUACUGUGUCGAUAGCGCAGCCUGUCGAGAGCUUGAGGAAGCUGAGGAUGUACACUUAG